AUGGAAAGAGAGGCUAAUAAGGCCACAACUCCAACAACUCAUACCCGCGACGCCUCGUUUUCUUCUUACCUCACCAGAGCAGAAGGAAACUUAGUGUUCAAGUCUCCUGCCUUGAACUUGAGCAAAAGGAUUGAUCAGGACGGCGAAAUUAGUGUCUUCGGCGCUGAAAGAUAUUUCAGCAUGAUGCUAGAAGAUGAUAGUCCAAGAGUACUUGUGGACUAUAACAACACAAGCAGAGCUGGUCUGCAGCUAGAGAAGCAAACAAAGACUAGCAGGCAAGGAACUCCUAGUGCUUGUUCUAAUGCAAGUUGGAACAAUCAAACUGAUUAUUUGCCUUCUUGGAGAAGAAACCAAUCUCCGAACAAGAAGAAAAAUGUGAAUGGAAAGAAGAUAUUUUCCGGCUUUGUCUGCAGUGGUUCUUGUUCAGAUCAGAAAUCCAUUCAUGUUCAUGAAGUUAAUGUUCGUGUUGCUAGAGAUUUCAAGAAACAAAGUUUUGGAAUGGAUCAUCAUGUCAAGAAGGAUCAACCAAGAUUUAAGGCCAAGGAGGUUGAGCUUCUACACCACUACCCUAGCUUUGGAGGAUCAAACAAAGAACAUCUUGCGUUUGCAAAUUUUGGAGCUAAAGAAGAGAAGGCAAAACAAGAAGAAGAAAAGCCACGAAAAUCCCUGGAUGUGUUUGGAUCCGAAAUCAUGAAGAAGGGAGAAGACAUAGUGGCAAUAAAUCUAGAGAGGAGACUUUCCAUGUUAUCUUGGGAUGCCAUUCCAAAACCUCAAAGCCACUCAAUUACUUCUGGAAAUGAUGAAAUGAGCAAUGAUGAUAAUGAGAGUGAUGCUAGUUCUGAUUUGUUUGAGAUUGAGAACUUAACCGGAACCGGUCAGCCAUUAAUGUUCACAAAGCAAGCAUCUGACGGAUUGACGUCCAUGGCUUCCCCAACCAAGUACGGGUCAAGUGAGGCCAGCAUUGACUGUAGUGUUGUCACAGCUAAUGUUUUCUCAGCUGCAGUUUCAGAUUACGGUAAGAAGAACUUAGUGCCGGCGAACCAACUGCAACAUCAAAGCUUGGAAUCAAUGUGGAAAGUAAGGAAAUUUACAAUCUGA